AAACUUAGCAACUAUAUACUUCCGUCUUCCUUCUUCCCAUUCCAAACCAGAGCUUAACCCUUUCUCUUCUGUUCAUCUCAUCUCUCUCUCUCUCCAUAAUGGAAUUCCAAUCUCCGCCGUCGUCUCAGCCCACAACGCCGUCGCGAUUCCGGCGCAUCUGUGUGUUCUGCGGCAGCAGCGCCGGCAAGAACCCCAGUUACCAGCUCGCCGCUAUUCAGCUCGCCGACCAACUGGUUGAAAGGAACAUAGACUUGGUCUAUGGAGGUGGGAGCAUUGGCUUGAUGGGUCUCGUCUCCCAAGCUGUUCACAAUGGAGGACGCCACGUGUUAGGAGUGAUCCCUAAAACUCUAAUGCCAAGAGAGAUCACCGGAGAGACGGUCGGAGAAGUUAGACCGGUGUCGGGUAUGCAUCAACGGAAAGCCGAAAUGGCUAGGCAGGCCGACGCUUUCAUAGCCUUGCCUGGUGGGUACGGAACCUUGGAGGAACUCCUCGAAGUCAUCACUUGGGCUCAGUUGGGCAUCCAUGACAAACCGGUGGGUUUGCUGAACGUAGAUGGGUACUAUAACUCACUUCUGUCUUUCAUAGACAAAGCAGUGGAUGAAGGAUUCAUCACUCCAGCUGCCCGUCACAUUAUUGUGUCUGCCCAGACUGCCCAGGAACUCAUGUCCAAGCUCGAGGACUAUGUUCCCAAGCAUAAUGGGGAUACCCCAAAGUUAAGCUGGGAGAUGGAGCAACAGCUAGAGUACACAACCACCAAAUCCGAAAUUGCACGUUGAGACCUCUUCUGAUCAAGAAAUCUAAAACCAGGCGCGUUUACUAACGGGAGAAAUUAAAUUAUAUUUUCUAUCUUUCCGGGGAUAGUAAACAGAUAUAACGUUUACUUUACAUUUCUCCGAUUUAGAAUAUAGAAAACGGAGAGUGAAAAAAAUUUGAAGAAUUGAAGUAAAUGUAGUCUAAUCUUUGUA